AUGAUUCCUAGCAACGGGCUAUUAAUAGCCAGUCACCUGCACCAGUGCUUCGACCAGCGACUUUUCUCCAUUCACCCAGAUACGGACAUUAUCCGCGUCUUUAUGCCCUACUCUCUUUUGAUGCAAUACCACGGGAGGCCUGCUGCCUUGCCACCCGGGCUAAGUAGGCGGGCUUUGCGGCUUCAAUAUGACAUGUGCUGUAUUGAGAAUUUUGGUGCCAUGUAUCCUAUGCCUAGCGCCCCAGCACCAAUCAUCAGCAUCAGGUCUAACGCUGCGAAGCUGCCCGUUAGCUCUUCCUUCGCGGUUUCUGGAGACCUUGACAAAGUUCAAAAUCAUUCCACUGCAGGCACCGCACCGACGGCUACCCAAGGCGCAGACGCAAGCUCGUGUGCUGGUGGCUUUGAUUAUGCGGAAAAGCACAAGCAGACGUCUGCGGUGGAGCUCCCGCCUACACAUGAGUCUUCACGCCCGCCAGCGGAAGACGCGCACCACCGGACUCGGCUUUAG